AUGGGCUUCUGCAACUCCUGCAAGAACAAGGCGGCGGUUUCGAUCGCGGCGUCGUUAACCCCUACAACCACCGCCAAGCUCGUUCUCGAAGACGGCAGACUGCUGGAAUUCAAUCGACCGGUGAAGGUAUCAGAAAUUCUCAAGAAGUUUCAGAUUUCUCCCAUGGCUGCUCACAGGGGACGAAACAGCAAAGCUUUCUUUGUAUGUGAUGCGGAUGGGAUGGGGAUGGAGGGAGUUUUGCCGGCGGUGGGGGAAGAGGAGGAACUGAAAGCCGAACAGCUCUACUUUCUUCUUCCUCUGUCCAUGAUGGGAAGGAGGCUUCGGCCGCCGGAGAUGGCAGAGCUUGCCUGUAAGGCAAGUUCUGCUCUCAUCAACUCGGACUCCGGCAUUGCGCCGAUGGUUUUUCCGGCGGAGUGUGUGGAGCCGACUUCUGUGCAGAGGAGGGAGGUGGUGAAGAAAGUGAGGUCCGGUGAUCGAAGAGUGACGGGCGGAGCAAGUAGGCUGUAUUUCAAACUGGAGCUUGGCGUAAUUCCGGAGUAUUUAGAGGAGGAGGAGGAAUGUUAG